GAGACUUCCGUGUGAGCCGCUUCUGUUGGGGAACACAGCCAUCACCAACAACAGAAGGCCGCGGUGAACUACUGACCAAACCGCCGGCUUUUUGUGUUGAAACCUUCGCUGGGUGCUUCCAAUUGCGUUGUCGUCCCAUUACCUGAUUAACGUGCAACCAAAAUGACGGCCGCGGUGUUUUUCGGCUGCACCUUCAUCGCCUUCGGGCCGGCUGUGUCUCUGUUCUUGUUUACCAUCGCGCGAGAACCUCUGCGGGUCAUUUUCCUCAUAGCUGGAGCAUUUUUCUGGCUGGUAUCACUCCUGCUGUCAUCUCUGGUUUGGUUCAUAUCGGUACAGAUCAGUAAUAAGGAAAGUGUCACGCAACAGAAAGGCCUUCUUGUCUUUGGUGUGGUGCUGUCUGUCCUGCUGCAGGAAACCUUCCGCUUUGCCUACUACAAGUUGCUAAAAAAAGCCAAUGAAGGGCUCCUUGCUCUCAGUCAGGAAGAGACCAUGCCAAUCUCCAUACGACAACUGGCCUACGUUUCAGGCCUUGGAUUUGGCUUCAUGAGUGGGGCCUUCUCUGUGGUCAACAUUUUGGCUGACUCUGUGGGACCCGGAACUGUUGGCAUCCAUGGGGACUCACAGCACUACUUCCUGUCCUCAGCCUUCAUGACCUUGGCGAUAAUCCUACUUCACAUGUUCUGGGGAGUGGUCUUUUUUGAUGCCUGCGAGAAGAAGCGUUGGUGGGCAGUUGCAGCGGUUGUUGCCAGCCAUCUCCUCGUCUCCUGCCUGACCUUCCAGAACCCACAGUACGUCGCCAGCCUGGUUCCCACUUAUGUGAUUUUGUUUCUGAUGGGCAUCUGGGCUUUCUACUCUGCUGGAGGAUCACUGCGGAACCUCAAACUCUGUCUCACCUGCAAAGACAAGGACUUCCUACUGGCCAAUCACCGGCCAAGAUAACGCAGCAUGCUGACUCAGCGGAGGACUUGAUACCCAAAGAUCACUUAACUCUGAGUGGACCCACUCAGCACGAUGACAGGAGUCAUCUUCUCUCAUCUCCUCUUUAGGAUUCAAACUUGAUGGUGUUUUUCAUUGCGAAUGGUCCAAGCGGAGAACUCUGGAAACUUGCUGAUGUUUCUUUUCUAUCGACUUUCUUAAAAUGGUCCUUCUAAAUUGAAAACUACUUCGACUGAUCCUGUCCUCUCUGAGAAGUUACUGAUAACCAUCUUUGACACACAUUCCAAGAGGUCUGUCUCGCACCAAUCUGUCAUUUCGUGUAAAUAUUUUCCCAUUUUCAAAACUCUGAUGUGACUUUAACACUUGUGUUCACGUUGUCUGACACUGUCUUCUGUGUGAUCUUCAGUAUCAAACGAUCGCAGAAAUUUCCAGCAUCUGAGGUCAUGAUCUCCUUCUUUUAAUUACUUCUAGGUGAGAUCACAACCAUUUAGAAUGUAAGUCAUUCAAUUGUAACAUGGCUUCUGAUGAGUUUUACAGGUUACUGAUGUUCAUUUUAUCAAUAAAUUUUGUGCA